AUGAAGUCCAACAGAAGACCGCUUUUGACCACGUUGACGCUCUUGGUGGUGGUCAGCAUGAUCUACUUCAUGACCAGCGCCUCCGACAAGGGACUCGGCGAGGCCACGCCCAUCAACGCCCAGCAGCAUGAGGUCCAGGAGGUCCAGGCGGCAGUGGAACACCCCAAGAUCGUCACACCACCAGUGGCUGGCGAGCACGCCGCCAUCGAGUUCACAGAAACUCCGUUCAUGCCCAAAAUGGCCAACGAGACCUUGAAGGCCCAGCUCGGCAACGCUGCCUGGAGGCUCUUCCACACCAUCUUAGCCAGAUACCCCGACGCUCCCUCAAAGCAAGAGCAGUCCACGUUGUCGCAGUACAUCCACUUGUUUGCCCAGGUGUACCCGUGUGGCGACUGUGCUCGUCAUUUCCAGCAGCUUUUGGCCAAGUACCCGCCCCAGACGAAGUCCAGGAAGACAGCAGCGUUGUGGGGAUGCCAUGUGCACAACAAGGUCAACGAGAGGCUAGGAAAGGACGAGUAUGACUGUACUACUAUCUUGGAGGACUACGACUGCGGAUGCGGAAGUGACGAGAAGGAGCUGGACGCCACCUUGGGCAGCGAGAGCCUCGACCACUUGCGGAAGAUCAAGGUGAACGAAAAGGAAGACAGACAAUUGGGAGGCUAG